AUGAAAAUGAGGAGGGAGAAGAUGUUGUUGCCAUUAUGUCGUGAGGAUGAAUGGUGGGAGUUUGAACUGAAUGGAGAUGACUCUAAUCCCCAUAUUGCUUUGCUUCCUUUGCGCCCUGAAGUCCGAGCCAAGUUCAAUGAGACAGCUGCAUGGGAGUAUGCAUUAAGCAUGAAUGGCCAACCUUAUGGAUACCAUAACUUGGUAUUUAGCUGGAUAGACACUAUCAGUGACAACUUUCCACCUCCACUUGAUGCUCAUCUGGUAGCUUCUGUUAUGACAAUUUGGAGUCAGAUGCAACCUGCAUAUGCAACAAACAUGUGGAAUGAAGCCUUGAACAAGCGACUUGGAACUGAGGGGCUUGAUUUGCCAGCGAUUAUCGUAGAAUCCAAAAAGCGUGGUUCAUCCUUUGCGGAUUUGUUAACCAUUCCAGAACAAGAUGACUGGUUAUACUCCGAUGGGAAGUGUACAUCUUGUGUGGCUUUCAUUCUUGAAAUGUAUAAAGAAGCAGGAUUCUUUAAUCCGUACGCCAACCAAAUACAAGUCACUGAGUUCACGAUCAAAGAUGCUUACUCUCUCAAUUUCUUUGAGAACAAUGCUAGUCGUUUGCCAUCGUGGUGCAAUGAUGGGGAUGAUGUGAAGCUGCCCUUUUGCCAGAUCAAGGGGACGUACCGAAUGGAAUUACCAGGAUACAAUACCAUGGCUCCUUAUCCCCACAUGAACUAA